AUAAUAAAGUAAUCGUAUCUUUAUUUGAAAUACUAGAAUGAUACGACCGCUAUUAUUGGUACGCCGGCUCUCACAAUCACAAAGCGACCUUCGAAGAAUUUUAUGCACAGGUGCAGUGACCUCGACGACAAGGGAAUGCACGGUCGAUCACGAUGCAACGAUCGAAUUGAAGCCAUACGAAGACAUACCAGGACCAAAGCCGAUACCAAUUUUGGGAAAUACUUGGCGAUUGUUUCCAAUGAUCGGGCAAUACCAAAUAUCAGACGUGGCGAAAUUGUCGCAGACAUUCUACGACGAGUACGGGAAGAUCGUUCGUUUGACUGGUUUAAUAGGUCGACCGGAUCUGUUGUUCGUUUAUGACGCUGACGAGAUCGAGAAGAUUUAUAGACAGGAAGGACCAACUCCAUUUAGGCCAUCUAUGCCGUGUCUGGUGCAUUAUAAGAGCGUUGUGAGGAAAGAUUUUUUUGGAAGUCUUCCUGGUGUCGUUGGAGUACACGGCGAGCCAUGGAGAGAAUUUCGUACGAGAGUCCAGAAACCUGUUCUUCAACCGCAGACGGUGAGAAAAUAUAUAACGCCUAUUGAGAUGGUUACGUCUGAUUUCAUACAAAGAAUUCAAGAGAUUAAAGGAGAAGAUGACGAAUUGCCAGCAGACUUUGAUAACGAAAUACACAAAUGGGCCCUAGAAUGUAUAGGUCGCGUCGCCCUUGACGUGAGAUUAGGAUGCUUAUCAGGUAAUCUGACACCGGAUUCGGAGCCUCAAAAGAUUAUCGAUGCGGCCAAAUUUGCUUUGAGGAACGUAGCAGUGCUUGAAUUGAAAGCUCCUUACUGGAGAUACGUACCUACCCCUCUGUGGUCAAGAUACGUACGAAACAUGGAUUACUUCAUCGAAGUAUGUAUGAAAUACAUCGAUGCUGCGAUAGAGAGAUUGAAAACAAAAAAAUCUGUUGACGAGUCUGACUUGUCUUUGGUGGAAAGAAUUUUAGCCAAAGAAACUGACCCUAAAAUGGCUUAUAUUCUGGCCUUAGAUUUGAUUUUGGUUGGAAUAGAUACCAUUUCAAUGGCUGUUUGUUCAAUAUUGUAUCAACUGGCAACUAGACCGGAAGAACAGGAAAAAAUUUAUCAGGAGCUUAUAGAAAUUCUUCCUGAUCCAUCUGUACCUCUUACUACGAGUCAUCUCGAUAAAGCUAUUUAUAUGAAAGCUUUUAUUCGUGAAGUUUUCCGAGUAUAUUCUACAGUGAUUGGAAACGGUAGAACAUUACAAAAUGACACUACAAUUUGCGGCUAUAGAGUACCAAAGGGGGUGCAAGUCGUGUUCCCAACUGUAGUAACGGGAAAUAUGAAACAAUAUGUAGCAGAUGCAAAAACGUUUAAGCCAAAGCGGUGGCUAAAAGAAUCUUCUAACGAAAUUUUGCACCCCUUUGCAUCGUUACCUUAUGGUCAUGGCGCACGUAUGUGUUUAGGAAGACGAUUUGCAGAUUUAGAAAUGCAAGUUCUGCUUGCCAAACUGAUAAGAUCUUACAAAUUGGAAUACCAUCAUAAACCACUUAAAUACAAGGUUACAUUUAUGUACGCUCCCGACGGUGAACUCAAAUUCAAAAUACUUCAAAGAUAGUGAUCAUUUAAAAUAGUAUCCUUUUGAUUUUAUGGCAAUAAAGGCAAUAAAAAAUAAAGGAAGAA